AUGUCAAAACUGUCACCUUUAUUUUUAUUAAAUUUGAAAAUGGCGGACGAUGCAUCGAGUAGUAGUGCGUGUACCGGUAAUUUAAUUGAAAAUUCAGUAAAUCAAGAUGAAUUAAUAAUGAAACAACAACGGGAAAUAGAAAAAGAGAUAUCCGAGAGUAUACCGCUCGUCGGCGAUCUCGAGGAGCUGUCCUCACUAGAAAAAGAAUAUAACGAGGAUCCCGUCUAUAUGCUGAAAGUUAAAGAUCUCGCGUCCAAAUAUAAAUCUAUUAGAAGAACACGUCCGGACGGCAAUUGCUUUUUUCGGGCUUUUUCUUAUGGGUAUUUAGAGCACCUACUCACUGAUAAAAAGGAAUACGAUAAAUUUUAUGAAAUAGCUAAGAAUUCAAAAGAAAUACUGGUCGCUUUAGGAUUCCCCCAGUUCACUGUAGAGGAUUUUUAUGAAACGUUUAUGGAAGUUGUACAAAGAGUGGGUGAGCAGGCCGGUGGAGCCCCAGACGAGCUCAGUUCCAUCAGAGAGGAACUUCAUGACAAAUUUAACAAGCAGGGCUACUCAGACUACAUAGUUGUUUAUUUGCGCCUCAUUACCUCAGGACAGCUGCAAACCCAGCAUGAUUUCUAUCAGAAUUUCAUAGAAGGUCCUCGUACAGUUACAGAGUUUUGUCGACAGGAAGUGGAGCCGAUGUACAAAGAGUCUGAUCACAUUCACAUCAUUGCCUUGAGUAACGCAUUAAAUGUUGGAGUUCGAGUCAAGUAUAUGGACCGGGGGGAAGGCAGUCAGGUGAUAGCUCAUGACUUCCCCGAGGGCUCGUCUCCGCUGGUCCACUUGCUGUACCGGCCCGGACACUACGACAUCCUCUACGCGUGA